CCUUCAAGGCAACCUCCCUGCAGCAGGGGCCACCCCACCAUGGCUGCCAAGGCCCCGUCCCUCUCCGAAGCCCUCACCAGCGGCUUCCUGACCUGCACCAUCUGCCUGGAGCGCCUCCGCCGCCCCAAGAUCCUUCCCUGCCUGCACAGCUACUGCCAGGAGUGCCUGCGGAAAUUGGCAGGGGGCCGGAAGGAGCUUCAGUGCCCUGAGUGCCGUGAGCGGGUGGCCCUCCCAGAGGGGGGCGUGGGCGCCCUCCGGACCAACUUCUUCAUCAACGGCCUGCUGGACCUGGUCCGCCCCACAGGGGAAGCAGAGCCCACCUGCAGCCUCUGUCCGCUCAUCGGCCAGGAGACCAGCUGGCCGGCCGUCUCCCGCUGCCUGGACUGCGCCGACGACAUGUGCCAGGACUGCGCCAGCGGGCACCGCUGCUCCCGCCUCACCCACCUCCACCGCGUGGUGGCCAUGAAGGACUACCUCUCCGGAGAGCACGACGAGGAGAUCCGGAAGCGCCAGGCGCUGCAGUGCAAGGAGCACACCGGCGAGGAGCUGCGCUUCUUCUGCACGCCUUGUGCCGUCGUCCUCUGCCGGGAGUGCCGGCUGGGGGCCCACCUCCAGCACCCUUGUCUGCCCCUGGCUGAGGCGGCCCAGGCCCGCCGGCCGGUCAUCGUGGAGCUCCUGGCCGGGGUGGAGGAGACGGUGCAGGUCAUCCGGACGGGGAGGGCCAGCCUGGAGAGGGAGGCUGCGCAGCUGCAGGUGCGCGAGGCUAGCAUCCGGGAUGCGGUGGAGCAGGCGUGCUCGCGGGCGGUGCAGCGGCUGCUGGCGCAGCAGGAGGAGGUCCUGGCCCAGCUGGCGGACUACGUGAAGGAGCGGCAGAAGGCCUGCCAGGCCCUCUGCUCUGAUCUGGAGUUCCAAGAGCAGGUGGCCUCCAGCACCGUGGCCUUUGCCCAGAAGGUGCUGAGUCUGGGGAGGGAGGUGGAGAUCGUCUCCCUGGAGCAGGUCAUCUGUGAGCGUCUCAGGCAUCUGCAGGGCUUCUCCUGGGAGCCGCUGGCCACCCGCCUGCCCUGCCUGGAGGUUGACGCUGAGAUCGAGGGCAGCGGCCCCCGCCUGUUCCACCUGGAGUUCCGGGAGGAGAGCCCCACUGGAGUGCCAGAGGGCCCCCAGGAGGCGGCCACAAAAGGGGCAAAGAAAAAGAGGAGGAAGCAGCAGCAGCAAGUGCCGCCUGCCAAGGAGGGAUCCCAGAUGACUGUGCCUCCUCCCAAGGUCCCGGAAGCCCCCCUUCUGACACCCAAGCCUCUCUUCUCGUGUAGCUUCUGGGUCAAGACCCCCAGCGACAAGAAGCGUCCUCAGGUCACAGGGCUCUGCCCCUUUGGCUCUGGAGAGCUGCUGGUGGCCGAUGAGCAAAACCAGAAGCUGAAGCGCUUCUCCCUGCAGGGGGAGUUCAAGGGCACUGUCCCCGUCCCCAGUGGCGUGGCCCCAGUCAGCGUGGCCGUUGUGGGCAGCAAGGUGGCCUUCACAGCCGGCUCCUGCCUCUACCUCCUGAACGGUGAAGGUGGCCUGGUGUGGCAGAAGGCCCUGCGAAGGGGGCAGGCCAGCCAUGCCGUGGUGGGUCUGGGGGGAGACCGUAUGGCAGUGUGUGUGGCUGGGCAGUUGGAGGUGUACGACCUGGAGGGGCGGCUGCUGGAGAAGAUUGUGCCCGAGGGCAGUGGGGAGAGGUGCCUUGUCUUCCUGGCCAACCACAAGGACGGCUUUGUGGGCUCGGACUGGUACCGCCGCAGCGUGGUCCUGUUCACCAGGACGGGGCAGCUGGUGGCCGAGUGCUCUGAGGAGCAGCUGGGCGAGUGCCAGCCAGGAGCUGUUUGUGCCGAUGCCACGGGCAUCAUCUACGUGGUCUUGAGGGAGCUGAACAAGGUGGUGGCCUUCUCCCCCAGCGGGGAGGAUUUGGGGGCGUUCCUCACUGCCGAGAACAGCAUCGACCGGCCGCGGGUGGUCACAGUGGCUAGGGAGGGGCGCUUUGCCGUGGCUCUGAGCAACGGCACCGUCCACAUCUUCCGGAUCAGGUAUCAGGGCAAGUGAGACAGAGAAAGGGCAGGGUGUGUGUGUGUGUGUUGAAAGCUGUAUGUCCCAGUGUUAAUGACCCAAGGCAGACUGGUGUGCCAUGGUCGCACAAGGUGAGCAAUGGUGUGUGUAGGAGAGUAAAAGCAACAGUUCCUCCCACUUGCCCUCCUGUCUGGAUUGGGUCGGCUCCCAGAGUUGUGCUUUACUUACCUGGGGUUGUUGUUCCCAAGGGCGGCCACCAGAGGGCAAUGUGGAAAUGAUAGAACCUGGCAUAGAUCGCCUAACUGCCAAAGUUUACGUUCCUUUUGUUCUCCCACGUAAAUCAGGGGCACGACAAAGUCCAGAGGAUGUGAGGAAUGAUAAUGCUGCUUUUUUCACCAAAAAUACAAAAGGCUGCAACAGCUAGAUAUCGGCAGCAGCAGAGACCUGCUUACACUUAUAUUUAGACCAGCUUGCGGUCAGGAUGCCCGUAAAUGGGGCGGCCUGCAGCUGGAAUACGGUUUUUUGUAUACUUCAGCAGGAGGAAACUCGGGGCUUGGCCAGGUGUUCUGCAAAAGGGUGGCAGAAUCCAUUACGCAGGAGGGCUCUCGGAUUUGGCCGGCUGGUGUGGCCAGCUUCCAGCUGCUAAAAGGGGCAUAACACAACACAACAGAGUGUGCGUAAUUGGAGCGCGAAUCUGAGAGUGUGGGGCACGAUAUUAAGCCUGAACGUUAUAUUCAUUUGCACCCCAAGGAGACCAUCACUGAGUGGGGAUCCCGUCUGUGCCUUCCGGAACAAUCUGACAGAAGAACAUGCUUUGUAACUCUGCUGUGAUCACCAUCCUUCUCUCUUUUUCUAUAAAUAUCAUUCAAUAAUAAAACAAACGUCUAUAUUUGCAUCUUUGCAAGAGAGAACAAUUGUAUAUGAGCUGAAAUAAAGAGUCUGGAUAAAA